AUGAGCGACAAUACAGUGCUGGCUCCUCCGACUUCAAACCAGGGUCCCACCACCCCACGCAAAGGGCCCCCUAAGUUCAAGCAGAGGCAGUCUCGUCAGUUCAAGAGCAAGCCUCCUAAGAAAGGUGUGAAAGGGUUUGGAGACGACAUUCCAGGCAUGGAGGGACUAGGAACAGAUAUCACUGUGAUCUGUCCUUGGGAGGCAUUCAGCCACUUGGAGUUGCACGAGCUCGCUCAGUUUGGGAUCAUCUGA